GGACCACAACUUUAAUAUAGUUUGAAAAACCCAUGCAGUGUACAAAGGGGGAAAAAUGAAUAAACACAUCGUAACAAUAUGUAAAAGCAGCAUAAGAAUACAACCAUACAGCCACAAAGUGACCCGUAAUAUCUAUGACUGAUCAAUAGCACUAUUCUGAAAUGGUUUAGGUGAAUUAUUAUCAGGGCUUCUUUUCAGCUGGAACUCAGUGAGUUCCUCUCAGGUAGGUGCCAUUGCCAUUCUUAGAAAAUGAGGGAGGUAUUCAUGGUGAGUUCCGACACCUCUUUUUCUAGAAAAAUAGCACUAUUCUUAUUCUUAUUAUUAUUAUUAUUAUUAUUAUUAUUAUUUGCAAACCACCAUGUACUGCAAGUCUCAGGGCAGUUCACAGGAUAAAGUCACAACAUAAAAAAUAGUUAGGAAUGUUUUUGCCUGGUGCCUAAUGGUUUAUAAUGAAGGUGCCAGGCGAAUCUCCCGGGGGAGAGCAUUCCACAAACAAGAAAGACCCGAUGCCAGCCUUGAGUCUGGGUGGGCUUGUGCCUGGGGCAUUCAGAAAGAGGGCAUCAGCCAUGCCAAAGGGAAAAGGGCCCCGUGGCUGCAGGAGGCAGGUGUAUUCCUCUCUCCAAAGUGGUUGUCAUUGCCCACCUGGGCUGAUUUCAUGAGAAGAAGAGGUUCCAGGUGAGGUGGGGACAGAGCUGAACUGGGGCUGGGGCUGACAAGCCUCACACCCCAAAGAACAUAAGAAGAGUCUGCUGGAUCAGGCCAAUGCACCAUCUCAUACCCUCCAACAUUCCUCAGAUGAAAACAGGGACAUUUCUCACUCCAUCACAACUGACCCUCCUUGACCCCCCCCAUCCCCUCGCAAAAUACUUCCUAUCAGAAGAAGGGCGAGUGCCGCCGCCGCCAGUCUAGCUUGGUGAUUUACUGGGUACUCACUUGUAGAAACCCUGCCAGCUCCAAGGCAGCCACUUGCUCCAGCAGCCAAACUGAGCCUUCUCGAGUCUCUGCCCUCAGGCAACUUUGCCCAAGGUCUGCCCCCUUGAACAGGCCAACGCUCUCACCUGAAGGUGGGCCCUCCAUGGCCUCCCACCUGCUGCCCCCUCUGGGCUCUUGGACCAGGGACUGUGGGAAGCACUUGGUUCCUCAGGUACAGCAGAAGGCACCCUUCCAGGUGGCUGCUAAUAAUAAUAAUAAUAAUAAUAAUAAUAAUAAUAAUAAUUCUAAAUAAUAAUAGUCAUGAUGAUGAUGGAAUCUAGAUAGACUGCCUCUGGCACUGGAGGUCUCACCAAGGUCAAGGCUGCCUUGAUUUCUAAUCGGCAGUUUGUGUGCAGAAAAAGAUUAAAAAAUCAAAGUCCACUUUGGAAAGCAACUCCCCUGGAGGAAGGGUAUUUCCCAAGGUGCCCGCAGAGCAAACGAAACUGAGGAAACGGCAGGAGGAGAAAGGGUGAUGCCAAGGAGGUGGGUUUGAUUCCUAUAGGUGCCAGCUGUGAAAGAUGGGGGACUCCCCAGAGGUCAUCUAGCUCAUCCCUCUGCAAGGCAGGAAUCAUAGCUAUUAAAUCCUAGAAUAACUGACAGGGAAAGGACCCUGAGGGUCAUCUAGUUCAUAGGGUGUUGCUUAGGGAUUGCUAUUCAGCCCCGUGGAACCUUCAAUGUGGCAUUCCGCAGGGCUCAAUCCUGUCCCCCACAUUAUUAAUAACAACAACAACAACAACAACAACAGCAACAACAACAACAACAUAGAUGCUUAACAUCUAUGUGAAACCUCUAAGUGGGAUUAUCUGGAGGUUUGGAGUCUGCUGUGAGCAAUAUGCUGAUGACACUCAGCUCCGUUUCUCCUUUACAUCUGCAGGUGAGGCAGUGGAAGUUCUGGAUCAGUGUCUUGCCUCAAUAAUGGAGCCAACAAACUGAAGCUCAACCCAGAUAAGACAGAGGCCCUGUUAGUGGGUGGUUCCCUAGAACAGAUGACUGGGAGGUUGCGUGCUCUUGAUGGGGUUACGCUUCCCCUGAAGGAGCAGGUUCAUAGCCUGGGGGUCCUCCUGGAUCCUUUGCUGUCACUUGUGGCUCAGGUGGCCUCAGUGGCCAGGAGUGCCUUCUAUCAGCUUUGGCUGGUGGCCCAGCUACGCCCCUAUCUGGACAGAGACAGUCUAACCCCUGUUGUCUAUGCUCUGGUAAUCCCAAGGUUAGAUUACUGCAAUGCGUUCUACGUGGGGCUGCCUCUGAAGACAGUUUGGAAACUUCAGCUAGUGCAGAAUUCAGCGGCCAGGUUGCUCACCAGGGCAAGACGGUUUGAGCCUAUUGCACCAAUCCUGGUCCCACUGCUCUGGCUGCCAAUUAGUUUUCAGGCCCAAUUAAAAGUCCAAUUUUGACCUAUAAAGCUUUAAACAGCUUAGGACCGCAAUACCUCAAGGACUGCCUAUUUCUAUAUGAACCUACCCGGACCCUGAGAUCAUCUUCUGAGGCCCUUCUUUGUGUGCCUCCUCCUUCAGCGGUCCAGAGGGUGGCAACACGAGAACGGGCCUUUUCUUUUCUUUUUGUGUAUAAUUUUUAUUAAAUUUUCUGUUUUACAAUUGAGAAUAUUCAUUUAAACAACCUGAAAAUGUCAGUGACUUCCCUUGUUCUCUUUCCAUAGUUCAUUUCGCAUAUCAUAAAUUCCUUCAUAUUUUACAUAAACUAAACCAUUCAGUCAUCCAUUAUUACAUCCAUCAAAACUUGUUUGCACUGUUGAAUUUAUCUUAAUGCUGCCAACGUUUUCAAGUGUACACAAGGCAAGAAUCACAGUUAUAAGAACAUGGGAUGGUACAAUAGGAUGGGAUGCCACGGGUCAUGUAGCCCAAACGGCUGCAAGGCAAGAAUCUCCAAUAAAAGGAUGGUGGACUCCCCGACCCCAUAGCAGUGGGGUGGGUGAGGAUGUACCCCAAAGGGCUACAGCAGCUGACUCCAUUCCGCAAAAGGGCGAAAGAAAAUCCUGCUUUACUUGGCCCAUAGCUAAACCCUGGAACUCACAGAUGCAGGAGGUAGUUUUGGCCACCAGCUUGGACGUCUUUAAAGGAGAGGUCGAUAAAUUAACGGAGGAGAAGAGGGAUGAGGACGACUCUCGGCCAUUACAGCUCUGUUUCUUGAAUAUCCCGUUGGAGGUUUCCAAGCAGAGGUUGGGUGGCCAUCUGUCCUGGAGGCUCAGGUGGAGAUGCCUGUCUCGCAGGCGGUUGGGCUGGAUGGCCCUCGGGUCCCUUUCCCCCUUUCCCCACCACUCUGGGCUCCCAGAACCCGGCCACUCUCGUCUCCACUGCCCAAGCCCUCAACACUUCCGCAGCUGCUUGGCCGGCGACAGCAGGAGGGGAGAGGGGCGCCACUUUCGAAUUCGAAUCCUUUUCGGGCUCUGCAAAGCGCUUCCUGCUCCACCGAAGGCUGCUCUUGAGUUCCAAUCCUGCUUGCAAUGCGCAAAGAGCCUCCCGCUCUCAUGUUGUGUAAAGCGCCUCCUUGCCUCCGAAUCCUGCAGCCUUUUGAAAGGCCCGCGCGCGCCCCUCCGGCGAAGAUCCGAGUUGGAGAGCCACUCCUCUCCUAUCCGACGGAACUCACCGCCACCUCUCCAGGAUGGCGAAGAGCAGAAAGACCACCAGCAGCGGCAGGAAGAAGACCAACAGGCUGAGCGUCUCGGCGGCCAGCAGCCCCAGCAGGACCAACCGGUAGAGCCAGCGGCUGCGCCGCUCCAGCCGCUCCAGCCCCUGCACCAUCCCGAGCGGGUAGCGCAGGCAGGGCAGGGCGCCGUGCUCCGGGCGGCUGGCGCGGAAGCGCAUCUGGAAGCGGUGCUCCAGGCGGCCCCAGGCGCCGGGCCGGCGUUCGGGCAAGGGUUCGAAUUCCGCGCGCCCCGCCGCCGAUUCUUGCGGCGACUCGAGCAAGAGCAUCUCUUCCUGAAGCUUCCGGAUCUCCCACUCCAUCACCGGCGUCUUCUGGCGGCACAGCGGGCAGCGCGCGCGGCCGAUUUCAGCGGCGCCCGACGCCUCCAGGACAGCGCCCAGGCAGCGCGCGCACAGCUCGUGGCCGCAGUUCAGGCGCGACGGGCGGUGGACGUCGCCGUCGUAAAACUCUGUGCAAAUCGGGCACUCCGCAUCUUCCUCUCCGUCGGGGGACGCGCGGGGCAGCGCCGAAGGAGGCUCGUUCUCGCCCGUUCCCGCCGCGCCGUUCGCAUCCUCCGGUCCACCGGGCGCAGGGAGAAUGCAGUCGAACUCCCCUUCAGACACCGACGCCGGCCGCUCGGGCUCAAGCGCGGCCCCGGGGAGCCCUGGGGACUUUCUGGACGCGCUGUCCUCCUCGUCGCCACUCCUCGCCGCGUCUUCGGGCACCACCGGGUCUCCUUGCCCUGCUGCCGAGGCGACAGUGGUGUCAUCUUCUCCCGGCGCUCCCUCCUGGGCCUGGCAAAGGGUGCCGGUGUCCCGCGGGCCGCCCUCGCCUUCCUCCGGUGCGGCGAACCCCUCCGAACCGCUGGGGCUGGUGCUCGAAAUCUCCGCGGGCGAACCAGGCCCGGGGCCCGCGACUCCGCCGCUCCAGGCCAGGCUUCGCUCCGUUUGGCGCCGCCGAGGUUCCGGGUUCGAGGGCAGAGAGCUGCGCCAGGCGGCCCCUGGCGAUCCUCGGGGGCCUGUUCGGGGGUCCGUGCACCCCACCGGUGGGUGCGGCUGAGCGUCUCGGAGUUCGCCGGCGUCUUUUUGCCCGUGGAGCGGUGAGAGUUUUCGGCUGCCAAAUAAUACGAGGACAGAUUCCCGACGGACCGGUUUGGCGACUCGCAAGGCGGCUGUUUCCGUAUCUGGAGACAGGCGCGACCUGCUCCACAGAGGAGGCCUUUCAGGUGGGCGGCUGCUCAGCCGAAGCCACCCACGAAUCUUUCGACGGAACGACCUGGCGCCCUUGGGCUGUUGGCUUGUUUCUGACGGAAGGAAGAAGAGGUCGAUCCGAGGACGGAGCCCCGGGGAUGAAAAUGUGGUUCUCUCUGCCCCCUCAAGCCACUUCAUGGUUCGAGGAGAAAUGUCCUAAAUCGUAGAAGGGGAGGAGAGGAGAGGAGAGUGGGAAAGGAUCCUUCAGAUAUAAAAGCAUAGAGUGGUACAAUAGAAUGGGAUCCCGAAAGUCAUCUAGCCAAAACCCCCAGUGGGGCAAGAAUCAGAGAGAUAAAAACACAGAAGGGGAGAGUUGGAAGGGGCUCCCAAGGGUCAUCUAGUCCAACCUGCUGUAAAGCAGGAAUCAGAGCUAUAACCUCCUAGAAGGGAAGCCUAAUGGUCAUCUAGUCCAACCCCCCUGCCCAUAGAGUUCCUCGGUUGGCUCAAACCACCAACCUUCUGCUUAACAGCCAGACACCCUUAGUCAUUGUGGCACUUUCAGGCAAGGUGAAAUAAUAAUAAUGUUGUUAUUGUUUUGUUGUUUAGUCGUUUAGUCGUGUUCGCCUCUUCGUGACCCCCUGGACCAGAGCACGCCAGGCACUCCUGUCUUCCACUGCCUCCCGCAGUUUGGUCAAACUCAUGCUGGUAGCUUCAAGAACACUGUCCCACCAUCUCGUCCUCUGUCGUCCCCUUCUCCUUGUGCCCUCCAUCUUUCCCAACAUCAGGGUCUUUUCCAGGGAGUCUUCUCUUCUCAUGAGGUGGCCAAAGUAUUGGAGUCUCAGCUUCAGGAUCUGUCCUUCCAGUGAGCACUCAGGGCUGGUUUCCUUCAGAAUGGAUUGGUUUGAUUUUCUUGCAGUCCAUGGGACUCUCAAGAGUCUCCUCCAGCACCAGAAUUCAAAAGCAUCAAUUCUUCGGCAAUCAGCCUUCUUUAUGGUCCAGCUCUCACUUCCACACAUCAUUACUGGGAUUAGCUUGAACCAUAUGGACCUUUGUUGGCAAGGUGAUGUCUCUGCUUUUUAAGAUGCUGUCUAGGUUUGUCAUUGCUUUUCUUCCAAGAAGCAGGCGUCCUUUAAUUUUGUGACUGCUGUCACUAUCUUAGAAUUACAAUUCUAUUAUUCUGGGGUCACUAGGAUGUAAGUUUGAAUUGUUUAUUGCACAGAUGGAUCCCUUUACAGACUUAACACUUGAUGAUCUUAUUGGACAUUUAAUAUAAUGUGUAGAGAGAGAAUAGCAAUCUCCAAUAAGGAGUUCAAGACAUUGUAACUCAAGCUAUGUGUCCCAAUUGAAAGAAGGUGGGGCAAGGCUCAACCCAGAAAAGUCAUUUGCUUUAAUUGCAACAAGGAAGGACAUGGGGCAGUUUUGUAGAGCCCCCAAAGCAGGGAAAUCUUCUGAGAGUAAACAACCAAACCAGAACACAUGAAUCUCACUGCAACCAGUAGUGAUGAGAAAUCAGACAGAUGGUUGAUAAAUUUGGGGUGGCCACUUCACCGUUCAUAAGCAAUAUAGAGUUAGGGUUGAACGCUAGACUGCUUAUGAACCGGGGGGGGGGGGGGGAGCACAUGUCCCAAAAGUGAUCCUUGGGGGAAUCCACUUUCUUCACCCCUCCAUUGCGGGAACUGUUCAUUUAUUCCUACUCUCUGUGGAGAUAAAUUUCCACAGCUACUAACACUACAUGUGACCUUCCACACAGGGUUGUUGUGAAGAUCCAUGGGGAGAAUGAUGAACAUGAACAAAGAGCUGACCUGAAGCCACUUCCUCUUCACUUUGUUCAGCCUCCAACUGGAUUCAGUCACCCAAAAAAUAUUCUUAAUCCUGCUUAAGUACUUACAGUCACUCUAAGCACUGAAAGCACUUGCCGUCACAUUUCGUAACUAAGGAAUAGGCAUUGCACAGAGCCAUCUAGUGGAUGCCUCUGAAAAUUCACAGCAUUCCUUCUGCAGAAUCAAACUGAACUUACUCUGCAUAACUGUGGCAGCUGUUGGCUUCCGUGAGCUUUAUCGGGGCAGGAAAUUUUCAACUGCUUCUCAGAACUUUGCCUAAUUAGACCCAGCACUAACAUAUCCCCCAAUUGUACUUGUGGAAGACUCUGGAAGGUGGUUUUGAGGGGCUGGGGGAGAUAUUCAAUGAAUUGAUUAAACAAUUACAGGUAUGACUUUUCCUACAAGGGCAGAACCUCUCCACCAGCUUUAACUAUCUCUCUCUCAUCUACAGCAGAACCCGGGUGGAGACCCAGGAUCAUUGUCCCAUCCUGCAUGGUGUCUAAUGCUCUAGAGGUUAAGGCACAUCUUCAAAUCACAAUGCCAUAAACACAAAAUCAAAGAGGCUCUUCUCUUCUCUCAUUCCAAUAAAGAAUAGUCAUCCCAUCCCACUUAGUCUCCUUCUUGAGGGUUUCCCCCUUCUCUUCUGAAACCAGCUCCUGCCUUUUGCCAUAUUGCUGCUCCCAAGUGGAGAGGGAAGGGGCUGAGAGCGGGGGCCACUUUCAAGAGGAAAUUACUCAAUGAAGUCAGGGUGUCCUUUUGGCAUCCUGCAGUUAAGGCUGCAAUCGUGCACACACAUGAUUCAUCAAACAUCAUCAUCAUCAUUUAUUAUCUAUACCCCGCCCAUCUAUCCCCAGCUACUCUGAGUGGCUCCCAACUAAAUAUUAAAAGCACGAUAAAACAUCAAACAUUAAAAACAUCCCUAAACACCGGAGGUUUGAUCAAGCCUUCCACAUCCCUCAAAGUGGCUUCUGCAAAUCAUGGUAGCACCCAUUGCCACUGAAAAUGGCAAUUAAUCAGGUUGCAUGCCACCCCAACCUCCAAGCAGUGCAAGAAUCCAGGGGAAUCAGUCACUUACCCAGGCAUUGGUUUCCUUGGAUUCAGGGACAGUGGAAACUAUGGUGUCUUUAUGAUAUAUUUAUUUACACAUAUACACAACUUAGCAACUCUGCAAGUCUAUGAUUCUGUGAAAUGAAUGUGUCUUGUUCUUACAUGGAGGAGGAAGGGCAUAGGUGGGAAGAGCAUUCUUCUGAGAAAAGCCACCUGCCAGGAACCUCCACUUCCCAGCUGGCAAGACCCAUUUCGGGGAACGGCUCCCCAGGCAGAACAAGACAGGCAGGCCUGGGAUCUGCUGACUGGUGGCAUGAAGUCUGCUUCCACCAAAUCCUUCCACCACCCUGUCUGGCCUUCUCAGCUUUCCAGGACUCCCAGGGGGAGGCAACAUAAGCCUGGGAUGACAAGCCACUGGAUCCCCAUUCCCAAAUGAUUCUCCAAGCCAAUGCUGGGGGCUGCCUCAGGUCAGUGUUGAGAUUUCCAUUCCACCUUAAGGAGCAGACGUGUGGAACUGUUGCGUGUCACAUGUCUGUUUACAUUCCAGCACAGCCUGCUGGGAACUUCCAUUGUGUGUAUAGCUUUUGCUUUUCCCUGUCUCUCUGAGAAGACGAAAAGAGAAAGACGACAUGUUUCUUUGUCCGUAGUUGUAGUAUGCUUUCACAAGCCUCAUGCCUAUUUUGUGUGCGCAGUUCACUCUGCUGAUAGUGUGCCCUGGCUCUGAAGCCCAGGUCGCUGAUUUACGUCGGAGCAGAGGCUGAUGGGUCUUCACAGCGGCAUGGCUGGAAGGAGGCAGCCAAGCUGGGGCUAGCCAGCUGGCCUUGCGGCCCUCUGCAUGUCUACAGUCAGGUCUUGUAGAAACGCUGACAGCUCCAACUCAGCAGCUUGUUCCAGUGAGCCAAACUGAGCCUUCUGAAGUCUCCGCCCCCAGGCAACUCCUUCUAAGCUCUGCUGCCUUGAAAGGGCCAACCCUCUCGCCUGGUGGGCCCUCCAUGGCCUCCGACCCAUUCCAACCCCCUGUGCUGGUUGCUGGGUGAUUUGGGAGCCAUCCAAAGUGGGCUUUGCGCAAGCUGCACCCUAUUUCUCAAGGCCGCCCAUACCUGUAUCGCAUCACGUCCUGGACAGGGGGGUAUGGCUUGCCCCAAAUGACCUUGAGGGCCAAACAUGGAAGGCUGGUGGGGCAAGAUUGGCAGGUGGGUUGAAGGUUCCUCAGCCCUGCUCCAUUGGGACAAUAAAGUUGGGGACAACACUGGAGAAGGAAGCAGGGAACACAGACAAACAGAGUCUAGCAUGCAAAUGAGUCAAUGCCUUUAUUGUGCAAAAGAGAAAAGAGGGUGCCGGAUGGAGCAAAUUUUGCUCAACCACCAGAAACCUGAUAAGCUGGUGGAAAGCCAAGGUCUCUGAUCAUGGUGCCUUGAUUGCCAUAUUUGGAGAGGUCAGCAGGUCUUCAGAUGAUACAGUCUAAGCUCCACUCAAUGUUUCUGGGCAUCCGAUCCAGGCAAGGUCUGCUGCAGAAGAAGAAGAGAAGAGUUUGGAUUUGAUAUCCUGCUUUAUCACUACCCAAAGGAGUCUCAAAGCGGGUAACCAUCUCCUUUCCCUUCCUCCCCAACAACAAACACUCUGUGAGGUGAGUGGGGCUGAGAGACUUCAGAGAAGUGUGACUAGCCCAAGGUCACCCAGCAGCUGCAUGUGGAGGAGCAGAGACGCGAACCCGGUUCCCCAGAUUACGAGACUACCGCUCUUAACCACUACACCACCCUGGCUGAAGGGAAGAAGACCAAGAAGACCAAGAAGACAAUGGACAGCUGCAGCUUCCACACACAAGCUCAGUACUAAAGUCCUUUGAGCCAUUGCAAGUGCUCUCCACUGCACAUGAUGAGUGGGCAGGGAGAAUCAUCCCCUCGUCUUCUCUAAGGUGGCCAGUAGCAGAGUCAACCACUUAGGGUGUGUGGAUUCCGGUGGCAGAUGCACCAGCCCUGGCAGGCAGAAAAGCCAGAGGAGCAGGGCAGCCACUGCAGUCUGUUGCCAGGCCUUGUGGACUGCUCAUUCACCAACUCUCAUCAUGCCUGCAUCAAGCUUGCAACUCCACCUUCCUGUGGCCAAAGUGCAGUGUGGCAACUAUUUCACUAUUUCAUAUAUUAGAUAGAUAUUGAGGGCCAUCUACAACACCUCCAAAUAUAUACAUUAAACAGAAGAAAUUCGGGAGAGAAGGAAAGGCCACCAAAUAUUCUGAGCUCUGAGUCAGGCUAAGGAUCCUAUCCCGAUGUAUGUGUUUGAAAUGGUAUGUGAAAGGUCAUGCAUUUAAGUUGUGGGUAGCAAAGCAUAGACAGAGUUACAAAGGAAAGGCUCCCAGAUAUUUUGAGCUCUGAGACUCCAAAAGCUUCCACAAACCCCAGCCAUUUUGGCUCCUGCAUUAAAGAAAAAGUCUGUCCCACUGCACACCACCAAAUUAAAAAUCAUCUCACCUUAGACAGGAUUACUGCAAUCCCGUGGGCAACUGCCGCAGCACUUCUGAACACCGGGGCAGGACCAGUCAUCUUUACACCGUACAAUGCAGAUUCCCACACCUGGAUUCGGGGGGCAUCGUCCAGGCUUCCCUGCAAAAGAACAAAACUCCUGGUGACCCUUGGGCUCCCUUCCAACCUGACAGUUCUAGGGUUCUGUGGCUGAGAGAUGCCUUUUGGCCAGAGAUACCCUCCCUGUGCAGCUGCAAUGAAGUUCUCUCGUGUCUGGAACCCAGAGGACCCCAGCAAUCCUCAAGUGGGCACUGUCAUCUUCAGAGGUCUGCCUGGAACUCCCCCAAAACAAGACAUCCCAUUGACACAACCACCCGCUUCUCCUUUGCUGUUAUCUUGAGAAGGAGAAAGGAAGGCAUUUGUCGAUGAGUAGACAAUGCUGGAGAUCUUGAUAGAAGCAGAUGUUCCUGCCAGCACAUUGGAGGAAGAACUGCCUUGGGAGGAAGAGAAGAAAGUUCUUACCUGGCUUCUGGCUAGAGGCAGGUGUCAGUUGACCCCAAAGAGCGAGGAGCCCCACAAGGAGGAGAAGGCCACCACAACGCAUGAUGGACAGGCUUUGUCUGCUGCCCAGACCACCAGCUGACUUCUUGAUCUUAGGAAGCAUGUUAUAUAGGGAACUCCUGAAGCAGGAGGGACAGAGGAGGGGACUGUAAGUGGGGCAGAGUGGACAUUCUUUUCUUUCCAACAUGCUUUUGCAACAAACUGUUGUAAAGAAGCUAAAGCCGUUUUGUGACCCGCAGGCAGUACUGGACUCUAGGAAGUGCAGCAGGAAGUGCAAAUUGUCCUUUGUCAUCUCCCUGGUAAAAAUCCCCCAUAAUUGAGAUUCUUUGGCCUUAGGACGUAUCUGAUCUCCCAGGCCUUUUAAGACCUUUGUACUACAGGUGGCAGUUAUACCUGUCUAUGCAUUUAAUUACUAGCUUUCUUUUCCAUUUUCAGUUCUGUGCUGUGUAUUAUGCUUUCCUGUGCUAGUUUUCUUGAACUGUUAUUUUAUUUAUUUAUUUAUUUAUUUAUUGGUUUUCACAUAUUACAUUACAAUACAGAUGUACCAAAGCCAACACCAUUUCCUCCCCAUCCCCCAUACAUUUUCAUUUAUAUUUCCUCAAUUCAUCAUAUUAUUCUUUUCUCCUUCCUCCCACUUCCCUCUGCCCCCACUUGAUUUCCUCUACAUUAUACAAUUUACAAUUUACAAUAAUUUACAAUUUACAAUAAUCCUUGAAUCCUACAAUCCUCUCAAAUCAUCUAUAUAUUCUUAUUAUCUUUCAUUACUAAUUUUUCUUCCAUCCAGUACUUCACAUUCUAAUCUAGGCAUAUUAGCGUAUCUUUUUUUUGAGCAAUAUUUUGCCAUAUAUUCAUCAAAACAUUUCCACUCCUUUUUUAAUUUUUGAUUUGACUGAUUUCUUAUUAUAGCAGUUAAUUUUGCCAAAUUAAAUAUUCAUUUAGUUUACAAAUCCAUUCCUCCUUUGUGGGUAUAGUUUGUGACUUCCACCUAGCAGCAAUCACUAUUCUAGCAGCUGUACUUGAAUAUAGAAAAAUUCUCCCCCCCCCCCCGUGGUAUCUCUUCAUCUAUCAAUCCAAGGAGAUAUGUCUCUGGUUUCUUUGUUAUUGAUAUUUUCAACAUCUUUAGUUCUUUAGUUCUAUCCAAAAUUUCUUAAUUUCCUCACACUUCCACCACAUAUGUAUUGUUGUUCCUGUUUCUCCACCAAAUCUCCAACAGAAGUUGGAUUUCAAUUUAUAUAUCUUUGCCAACUUAACUGGCUUUAAGUACCACCUAUAGAACAUCUUUACAAAAUUUUCUUUAAUUGUAUAUGAGGCAGUAAAUCGUAUAUCCUCUCGCCAGAGUUUCUCCCAUUGCUCUAGAUAGAUAGUAUGUCUGAGAUCCUGAGACCUUGAACUGUUAUUUAAGCACAUUUUAAUAACAGGCUUUGCCUGCUGUCCAGACCACAGGCUCACUUAUAUCUCAGAAAACAGGUUCUAUGGGGAAUUCCUUGAGCAGGAGGUGAAGGAAGGAGGAACAGAGGUAAGGGCAGCAGGUGGGACAGAGUGGACAUUCUUUUCUUUUAACCAGGUUUAACAACUAAUGAUCAAGGAGUAAGCCAUACCACUUCUUGUGACCUUGCUGCAGGGAUUUCCGGUCCCUAGGAAGGAAGUGAAAAUUUCCCCUUGUCAUCUCCCUGGUAAAACAACAGCAACCCAUCACUGAGACUCUUGGGUCUUAGGACAUUUCUGUUCUCCCAGAUCUUUUAAGACCUUUGUGGUACGCGUGGAGAUUAGACCUGUCUAUGCAUUUUAUUACUAGCUUUCUGAAAUAUACUCUGAGUCCUGUAGUGAUUUCAUGCUCUUUAUUGCAGCUUGUAAAACAGUGAUUCAAUUGCCUCCCAAACUCAGGCUUUUAUGUACAUCAUUUACACAAUGCGUCCUGUCUGAUUGGCUGAUUGACAGUAAGAGCUGUUCGACAGUGGAAUUUGCUGCCAAGGAGUGUGGUGGAGUCUCCUUCUUUGGAAGUCUUUAAGCACAGGCUUGACAACCAUGUGUCAGGAGUGCUCUGAUGGUGUUUCCUGCUUGGCAGGGGGUUGGACUCGAUGGCCCUUGUGGUCUCUUCCAACUCUAUGAUUCUAUGAUUCUAUGAUUCUGCUUCCCUCUGGAGCCUGAUUGGUCUUUUCGUGCAGGUCAAUCUGUUGUUGCAUUCUAGGAUCCUACCAGUCUAAUAAGGUCUCUGGUAGGGUAACAACAACAGCUACAACUACAACAACUACAGCAGCAGCAGCAGCAGCAGCAGCCCUUUCCUCAUUUACCUGUUUACUCUCUCUUUAAGCCAGGAGAUCAUGGAUCUCUCUGCAAUUUUGGCAAAAGCUGCUAAUACUUGAUUAAAUCCCAAAGAUCAGGGGUGGGAUUCUUUUCCAGCUGACAGGCGGGAUCCUGGGCUCCCCCAUCCCUGGCAGGUCACUUUGAUAGGUGAGUGAGGCAGUGGUGGUUAUGCUACCAGGGACCUUAUGAUGAAGGGCAGGUCACAACAAUUUUAAAAUGUGCUUAAACAACGGACAAUUUUCACUUCUCCCCUGCUGCCCUUCCCAGAGUCCAGUAAUGCAUGCAGGUCACAAAAAGCCUUAGCUUCUUUGUUGGAAAGAAAAGAAUGUCCACUCUGCCCCACUUACAGUCCCCUCCUCUGUCCCUCCUGCUUCAGGAGUUCCCUAUAUAACAUGCUUCCUCAGAUCAAGAAGUCAGCUGGUGGUCUGGGCAGCAGACAAAGCCUGUCCAUCAUGCGUUGUGGUGGCCUUCUCCUCCUUGUGGGGCUCCUCGCUCUUUGGGGUCAACUGACACCUGCCUCUAGCCAGAAGCCAGGUAAGAACUUUCUUCUCUUCCUCCCAAGGCAGUUCUUCCUCCAAUGUGCUGGCAGGAACAUCUGCUUCUAUCAAGAUCUCCAGCAUUGUCUACCCAUCGACAAAUGCCUUCCUUUCUCCUUCUCAAGAUAACAGCAAAGGAGAAGCGGGUGGUUGUGUCAUUGGGAUGUCUUGUUUUGGGGGAGUUCCAGGCAGACUUCUGAACACAACAGUGCCCACUCGAGGAUUUCUGGGAUCCUCUGGGUUCCAGACACGAGAGAACUCCUUUGCAACUGCACAGGGAAGGUCUCUCUGGCCAAAAGGCAUCUCUCAGCCACAGAACCCUAGAAAUGUCAGGUUGGAAGGGAGCCCAAUGGUCACCAAGAGUUUUGUUCUUUUGCAGAGAAGCCUGGACGAUGCCCCCCGAAUCCAGGUGUGGGAUUCGGAAGACCAAAUCCUCCUCUUUGAAUUUUAUCCGUUUAAUAACUUGAAUUUUAUCCGUGGCUUCUUCUUUUGCUUUGGGGUGGAGGAGCAUCUUCAGUUUGCCCCUGAGUUUUGCCAUGGUGCAUGUUAUGUACUGAAGUUCUCACCCUGGGCCAGCAGGGGGAUACUGUAGAUAGUUAUGCAAAUGAAGGAUCGAAAGUGACGUUCAGUGAUUGGAUAGUUUUAGAAAGUUGCUACAGUUAAGUUGUUCUGGAGCUCUAUAUAAGCAGGCUGACUGAGCUCUUCAGUUCAGUUCUGUUCCAGCUUACAAAUAAAGAGCUGUUUUGGAAGAAUCGCUGUGUCGUCUGAUAUGUUCACCCACAACUUAACAGUCCAGGCAGCUUUCAGGGACCCAGGCUGAGCCCUUCAGGGGACUUUGGGAGGGCAGAAGAACCUCCCCCACUAGAGCUCCACCGCAGAAUCACAGAAUUGUAGAGGCGGAAGGGACCUUGAGGGUCAUCUAGUCCAAGCCACUGCAAUGCAGGGAUCACUUUGCCUCCCUCUCUGCUGCCAGUGCAACUCGGAAUAGCAUGGAAGGGCAUCCUGGCUUGCAGAAUAGCAGCCCCAAAUCCCCUUCUCCCUUGGGAGUUGGCAGGUGUGGUUUCAAACCACCCUCAUCACUCUGGCACCGCUGUGGAAAGGCUGCCCACAGCUUUUCAGCCGUUGGGACGGUUUGUUUCAAAACCUGGUGAGGGAGGAAAGAGGUUGCACUCUGUCCUGCUCAACACCUUCCUGGGCGUGUUGUGGUUCUGCAAUCCCCUGAUGCUUCUGGGAGAUAUAAAGAGAGAGAAGCCAGGCUGGGCGAUGGACUGCCCUCUUAGCCUGUCACACCAUGAGGUCUGGUGGCUUGGUGCUUCUUGUGGGUCUCCUUGCCCUCUGGACUGAGCUGACACCCACCUCUGGUCAGAGGCCAGCAGGUAAGAGAUUGGGUGAAGGCAGGUGGCAUGUGUUGUGAAGUGGGAGCCUAGACAGGGUUAAUGGAGCCAGAGGGACUGCAGAAAACUCACUUCCUGGUCCCUGGUAAAACUGUCAGGCAUGUUCUUUGUCAAGGAAGCAGCAGAAUGGGUGACUGGACUAAGAAGGCCAGGACUUCUUUGGAGAAGCCAAUUGGUCCAAAACAGAGAUGAUGAUAUUUAACUAUGAAGAAGAUGAAACAUGAAAUUUUUUGAAGGAAAUAAAAAUAGAUGUAAAAGUAAGAAAUGUAAUCAAGUACUUGGGAAUAAAUAUAACAAGAAAUUAAAAUAUUUAAAACAGGCAUAGGCAAACUCCGGCCCUUUAGAUGUUUGGGACUACAAUUCCCAUCACCCCUGACCACUGGCCUGUUAGCUAGGGAUGAUGGGAAUUGUAGUCCCAAACAUCUGGAGUGCCGGACUUUGCCUAUGCCUGAUUUAGAACAAGAGAAUUUUAACAAAUUAAAGAAAGAAAUUGAGGAAAAGCUAGAGGAAUAUAAGAAAAUUAAUCUUUCAUGGUUUUGAAGAAUAGAGAUUAUUAAAAUGAAAAUUUUGUCUAGACUAUUUUGUUAUUUAGAAUGUUACCAGUUAAGAUAUCAGAGACAGAGAUAAAGGGUUGCAAAGCAUGAUGAAUAAAUUUUGUAAUGGGGAUAAGAAACCUUGAAUUUAUAAGGCUGUGAAGGACUUGCUCACAAAUGUAUUGACAGCUGCACAAAUUAUUAUAGCUAGGAAGUGGAAGGGGCAAGCAGAAUAUAAAAUGGAAGAAUGGUAUAAAGAGGUAUGGGAUACAGUGGUACCUCGGGUUACAGACACUUCAGGUUACAGACUCCACUAACCCAGAAAUAGUACCUCGGGUUAAGAACUUUACCUCAGGAUGAGAACAGAAAUCGCGCAGUGGUGGCGCAGCAGCAGCAGCAGCAGGCCCCAUUAGCUGAAGUGGAGCUUCAGGUUAAGAACAGUUUCAGGUUAAGAACAGACCUCCAGAAUGAAUUAAGUUCAUCACCCGAGAUACCACUGUAUAGCUAUUAAUGAUAAAUUAGCAUGGGCCACUAAGGUAAGACGGGGAAUAUGCAGGAGAAAUUAUUUUGAGGAGAUAUGGAGGGUGCUUGUACAAUUUGUGCUGUUAAAACGGAAAAGGGGUCAAACCACCGCAAGAAAUCUUGGGAAAUCAGAUAGUUACAAUGGAAUGGUCUCGGGGGUUGGGUGCACAAUGUUUAUUUAUGAUUAUUACUUGUCCCCCCAAAAAAGAAAAUUUUAAAAGGGGCUCUUACAGGGGAGGGAGGACCAAGAGGUAAAGGGUCUGGAAACAAAACGUUCUGAGGAAUGGUAGAGGGAGUUGGGUCUGCUUAGCCUGGAGAAGAGACGACUGAGAGGAGCUAGGAGAGCUAUCUUCAAAUACUUGAAGGGCCACCACAUGGAAGAUGGAAAAAAUUUGUUUCCUGCUGCCCCGAAAGGCAGGACUUGUUCUGCUCCUGAGCUGCUGAGAGUGCAGGGAACACCUUAAGGCAUAGGUGGGGUGCUAUUGGGAAGUCUAGUUUUGUGUGACACCUCAGACCCCUGAGCAAAACAGAGGCCACCUUAGGCAUCCUGGGCUCCUCUGGCCACUGGAUGCAAAGGAGCCCCAUCCCACAUGAAGAGAGAGAGCCUCUCUGGCCAAAGACAUCUCUCAACCUUGGAAUUCUGCUCUGUUGCAGGGAAGCCUGGGCAAUGUCCUGGGGGUCAGCCAGGUAUGGCUGGACCCUGCGUGGUUUGGUGUAAGAAUGACUGGUCAUGCCCUGGAGCUCAGAAGUGCUGCGGGAGUUGCCCACGAGCUUGUGCUAAUCCUGUCAGAGGUGAGACCAUUUAUUCUGUGGAGGGAGGGGUGGGAUAGGAAGCUCCUCCUCUUCAUGAACCAAAGCCAUUGUGACUUAUGAAGAAUUGCAGAAUCUCUAUACUCAGAAGUGCUUACCUGGAUUCUGGCUGGAGGCAGGAGGCAGUUGAGGCAAGGAGCCCCACAAGGAGGAGAAGGCCACCACAAUGCAUGAUGGACAGGCUUUGUCUGCUGCCCAGACCAUCAGUUGACUAGAACUUUCAGGUUGGAAAGGGAGCCCAAGAGUCAGUGAGGGCUUUGCUCUUUUGCAGGGAAGCCUGGACGAUGCCCCCCGAAUCAAGGUGUGGGAAUCUGCAUUGCACGGUGUAGAGAUGACUGGUCCUGCCCCGGUGUUCAGAAGUGCUGCGGCAGUUGCCCACGAGAUUGCCGUAAUCCUGUCUUAAGGUGAGAUGGUUUUGAAUUUGGUGGAGGGUGGGGUGCAGUGGGACAGACUUUUUCUUUAAUGCAGGAACCGGAAUGACUGGGGUUUGUGGAAGAUCUUGGAACCUCAGAGCUCAAAGUAUCUGCUAGGCUUUCCUUCUUUCCUCAAUUGCUGGAUUGAAUGAACUAAUGCUUCUGUUUAAUGUAUGUAUUUAGAUGCCAAUAUCUACCUAAUAUAUAAAAUGAUGAAAUGUUGCCACACUGCAGUUUGUCCACAGGCAGGUGGUGUUGCAAACUACAGAAGGUUGCUGAGAUGUGGCAGUUGGGCAACCCAGACACGCCUGGCAACAGACUGAAGCAGCUGCCUUGCUCCUCUGACUCCUCUGCCUGCCAUCUUAUGCAGAAAUGACUUGUAGUUUUAAUAUGUUGUUGGAAGCAGCCCAGAGUGGCUGGGGAAACCCAGCCAGAUGGGUGGGGUAUAAAAUAAUAAUAAUAAUAAUAAUAAUAAUAAUAAUAAUAAUAAUAAUUUCAAAGCAAUCCAUUGCAAUCUACUGCAGCCUAACCGGACGGCCCUUCUGAAUUGCUCACACAAACAUGCACACACACUUCAAUUUGUAAAUCUGUCUAUGCUUUGCUACCCACAACUUAAAUGCAUGACCUUUCACAUACCCUUUCAAACACAUACCUUUGGAGAGGAUCCCUAACUUGGCAGGGAGAGAGAGAGAGAGAGAGAGAGAGAGAGAAGAAGAAGAAGAAGAAGAAGAAGAAGAAGAAGAAGAAGAAGAAGAAGAAGAAGAAGAAGAAGAAGAAGUAGUACAGGGCAAAGUGUGCCCUAUUGAAUCAAUACAUGAUGUAACAUUUAACAUCAAAAUAUGGAAGGAUCCUUUAUUACACAGGAUGGGUGGAAACCCUAGCAGUGUGUGGGAAUGCUGUGGAUAGUAGGAGAGGAUAGCUUGACUAAAUAUUAUCACGCUACUGAGUCAGAAGCAGAAUACAUUCCCCGGUAUAUAGCAGAAAGCUGGUUGGUAGAUUCGUUUGAAUUUCUUUACUUAAGCAAUCCAAUCUGGCUUGUCCAGAUUGGGUUUGAUCCUGGUAAAUUCCCCUUUAAUCCCUCUUAAAAAGAGUAAAGACACAACAGUCUUCUUUCAAAAGUAACGAUAAGAAGUUUGCUUACAUUCAGUUCACAGUGGGUUCCCUGAAGGAAGGCUUUAGCGUCUGGUUACAGAAAAAAAUGUGGCUUACAUCCUUUGUGAGGAUGACCCCAUGUGCUGCUGGCUGAGAGCCUGUAGACAGCAAAAUAUAUCAAGAUAAGAGCGUCAAGAGAAAGAAUGGCUUCAAGAAAGAUGGCUGCAUGACCAGCCUUUUUAUGGGGUCUCUCAGGGUCAUGCCCAUCUACCUGGUCACAUGCAGGGGGAGGAUGCUCCAGACCAGGUGUGACAGGAAGUCCUCCUGGCUGGACCAACAUUCUCCUGUGUGACGCUUCUAGGCAAACAGGGAAUGUUGUACUUGAUUGCUUAUGUUACAUCUCACACAGUGAAGGGCUCUUGCAAUGGCCAAAAGGACUUCAGUAUUGAGCUUGUGUGUGGAAGCUGCAGCUGUCCAUCGUGACCCUCUUUGUCUUCUUCCCUUCAGUUUCUCUGCCGCAGAAGACCUUGGAUGGACCGGGUGACCAGAAACAAUGAGUGGAGCUUAGCCUGUAUCAUCUGAAGACCUGCUGACCUCUCCGAAUGUGGCAAUCAUGUCACCACAAUCUGAGACCUUGGCUUUCCACCAACUUGUCAGGUUUCUGGUGGUUGAGCAAAGUUUGCUCCAUCAGGCAUCCUCUUUUUCUUUUGCACAAUAAAGGCAUUGACUCAUCUGCA